GUCAUACUACACAUAUCGUACGAAAAUGACUAAACCAAAAGUACCCACGGCCUAAGAAUUUGUAUAUAUAUACUCACUUCGCAUAUCGAGUAUGUAAAACAUAUCUAGGACAACUUCUCAAAGUUUUAUGCUGAUUUUUCAAAUUCAAAAUGAUUCUAACGGUACAAAUACAACUCGGAAUAUUUAUUUUUGUUCUUUUCUCCGAUACUAAUGGUUGCUCGGUGCCAGGCGAAAAAGAGUUUGAAUCAAAUUCUGGCAACAUAGUUUUUGAUCGAAAACAACCGUACCAGUACGAGAACUGUGAAUGGGUGUUUCCGACUUCCGUUGAAGAUGAUAACACUGUACUUGUGGUCCUGUACAACAAUGUAGAGAUGAAACGAACAUUCGGGCAGAGGUGCACUGGAGAAAUAUGGUUGCAACAUAAAGGAAGCUCCUCUUUAUCGUACAUGCUAAAAGGGGAUCGAUGUGGAUCAAUCAAAAACGUAUGUCACAUUUACUGGAAAUCUUCUUCACGUUGUCGAUAUGAUAAGAUUUUGGGACAAAUAACAAGAAAAUAUCCUGACUGUUCUGUAUGGCUGACAACAGAUGAGAAGCCUGUGAAUAAAAUACGAUUUCGCAGCGAAUAUAGAUCCGAAAUCAACUUCAAUAUUUCAUUUGAAUUUUUAACCUGCGCGGAAAAGACCAAAGUGGGUCCUGAAGAGGUAACGGACAGAGGGAUCUCGCGGGUGACGGAGACAUCACAAUUUUCCACGUCGUCGAUAUUUUCGAGCACGCUUGAAGAAGAAGCAACAUCAUAUAAUACAGUCACCUUUGACUCACAGAAAAGUAAGAGUUUGAGGUCAUCGCACCGGACAUUAGCAAUCUUGGUAUCGCUGUUAUCUUUCUGUCUACUUGUUGCGAGUGGAAUAAUUCUGUGGCUGUAUUUCAGACAAAAAAGAAGUCUACAGAAAAGUGACGCAACGUCAAGCCGAUACAACAAAACAGCCAAACGUGAUGAUUACGCGUCUUCAGAAUUUGGUCAUCCGAAUGUAACGUACACUGGGGACCAGAAUGAAACUGCGGAAACAGUUUACAAUGAAUUAUAUGGGCAGAAUUUUGUCGGACCUGAUCAAGACGAACCAACCUAUUCAGUAGUGGACAAGGGCAGAUCACUUAAAUGAAUAUUGUGAUGCCAUUGUGAGAGAAUUCCUCGUUAUCGCAGUGUGGUUCACAAAAUCAUUGAUCGGCUGCGGAUUCUCUUCCCAUUCACGUCCAAUGGUUAGCAAUGAUUAAAUGGGUAUAGCUAUUACAUACCUUACCUGGAAUGUUACCUGACCGUUGUCAGCCAUGUGAUUAAGCCGUUGUAUAUGAUUUCCUUUGACCCCGGAAGUAGUAAAAUCCUAACGUAAUCUCGGCGUUAAAUGCACAUUGUCAAGCAAGGUUUGACUCCGAGUUGAAAAACUUUGACUGCAACUCCGAGUUGAGAAAUUUUUGAAUCCGACUUUGACUGUCGACAUUAGCUUUGAACUCCGAGGAAAUUAAUUUCUGUCAAAAACUUCAGCCUAUACCAGCUAUCUUUAAGAAAGACGCCAAGUGGACUAAAUGAUCUUAGAGUUGCCGUAGAAAACGUUUGACUUUAUUUCAUCAGCUUUGAAAGUCUGAAACUCUGACUUCGUCGAGAGUAGAAAUGCGACUCCGACUUUAGUGAGAACAUGCCAAACUCAGACUCCGCAGACCUCAAGUUAAUCCCAACGGAAUGAUAUUGCAAAGCCACGACGUGUCGUUAAAGGGUCGCAUUCUUUGAUACGAUUCAGAUCUCAUUUUGAACGCUGCUUGAGUGGUAAGGUCACCAGAUCACAUCCAAUAUUACGAGAUUGCGAACGUAAAAUUAUAUCAUCAAACUUUGACAGACAUGUUUUACCCAAGGACUUAAAUUAGACUCAUUAAUGGCAAAUUCAAUACUUACUAUUGUCAAUGAAAUGUCAUUAAAAUUCAAGCAAUGCUUAUUUGCUUAAUUCAAGCUAAAAUGCUAAAUCGACACACCCUGUUACAACUUCUUUAAAUAGUGUAGUAGUUUAGGGUUCAGGCUGAGCCCGUUUCUAACCUCAUCAACACUUAAUCGUUACACAAAAGGGAAAAUGUCAACCUUUGUGAGUGCCUCUAGGGCAUUUGGCCGACAAGGAUUUACACACUAACAAAUCUUUGUUAAUUAAAGCAAUUACCUCGAAAACAUUUAAGAGAAUAAUUGUUAUCGAAACCUAUUUUAAAAUUUAAUAUGGAAUUACAUUCGCAAAUUGGUUGUUUUUGUUGACUGGGAGAAAUAAUUGUUCUCCCAAUCAACGUAGGAGUUCAUCCAUGUGUCCGCCGGUUGAAAACAAUGGCCAAGGUAAGAUAGUCAUGUAAACCAAUAUAUAGGGUGUCCAUGCAGUCUUGAAAUGGGAAUUUAUCGAUAUCAUAUAUUGUUUUGGCCCUCACAGAUAUAUUAAAUGAAGUAAUAAUACGUAAA